AUGCGGCCUUAGAGAUUCGGAGUCUCGCUACCUAGCAUCAUGAAGGCGGCUUGGGGAGCCCCGUUUAACGACCUGCGAUAUUUUUCCUGUGUGUAAGGAGAAAACACAUUUCACAGCAGUUUAUGAAACUGGACGCGGUGCUUUACUAAACAUUUCGCCCUGCAGAAUGUCCAAGAUCAGGCGGAAGGUGACAGUAGAAAACUCAAAGACCAUAUCAGAGAGCAGCAGCAGUACAACCACUCCAUCCCGCAGGCCCAGCGUCUUCGAGAGACUCGGACCCAGCACGGGCAGUAAUGCCACAGAGACCCAGUGUAGAAAUUGGUUGAAGACAGGAAAUUGCAGUUACGGCAACACUUGUCGCUACACGCAUGGAACUCCAGCAAGAGGCAAGAAUUUUUCUGGAUCAUUCAGCAGGUCGUCCGAGAGGCCCACUGGUGAUCUCCGGGAGAGGAUGAAAAAUAAGAGACAGGAUGUAGAUACAGAUACUCAGAAAAGAGACCAAGACGAUUCUACUUCACCCACAACUAGACAGAGAGAUUCAUCCCGAAGCAGACACAGAGAGAAAGAGGAUAUAAAGAUCACUAAAGAACGAACGCCAGCCAGCGAAGAGGAAGCAGCAGAGUGGGAAACCAAUCGUGAAGACUCUGAUAACGGUGACUACGAUUACGAGUUGUCCCUGGAAAUGAAGAGGCAGAAGAUCCAGAACGAGCUGAUGAAGCUGGAGCAGGAGAACAUAGACAAACGAGAAGAGCUCCUCAUUAAGAAGGAGGAAUCAGUGGCCAAGACCAGGACCAGCAGCACUUCUAAAGAUAAGGGCUCUCCUGAUCACUCCAGUUCCAAGACUUCACCCCUGUCCCGCAAGUCCAGCGGCUCCCCUAAACGAAAACCCAGCGGUUCUCCUAAACGCAAGAACAUUGGGAAAGGCAGCAGCUCCAGCAAGAAGGAGAAGAAAUCUUCCUCUUCGUCAGUCAUCUCCUCCCCGGCGGUGGAGCAGAGCCGAACCGAAGAGGCUGAGAGCAGAUCAUCCAAGAGUGGACACAGCAAGAAGAAAGGGCCGCGUACGCCCAGCCCCCCUCCCCCUGUGCCCUUGGACCUGCCCAUAGGAGGCAAAAAGCACAAGGGCAAGCACAAGAACAAGGAGAAGAAUGAAGACAAGCAGAAAGAGGCCAAGGAGCGGGGCAGGGAUCUCGAUAAGCACAAGGAGAAGAAAGAGAAGCGCAGGGACCGCUCAGACAGUUCCCAUAAGGCCAAGCGAUCAGUGACAUCAGAGGAACGUUCGGGAAGUGUCUCAUCUCAUGGGCGAGAGGUCUCACCCCACACCAGGAGGAAGUCCUCGUCCCCCAAGUCUGCCACUCAAAAACAAAGCUCACCACAGAGGUCUCGUACUCCACCACGUCACCACCGGAGCCCUUCUCCUGCGCCCCGCCCUCACCACUCUCCCUCCUCUCACUCUGGGUCUUCCCACCAACGUCACUCUCCGUCGCCGAGGAGACGCCGUGGCUCUGCGUCUCCGUCUUACCAGAGGGACCUGCUUCCUCCUUUGUCCUCCUCACCCCCAGCUGUUCAGGCCUCGCGCCGUUCACGUUCACGUUCGCCCCCGACGCCGCAGAGGUCAAGCCCCGCCUCCCGCCACCACUCGCAGGGCCGGGAAAGGGAAAGAGAGAGAGGACGGGGGGAAAGGGAGAGAAGCCCUGCCCAGGACAGACGUCACGACCGCCGAGAUGAGAGUCGUGGGAAGCGUGAGAAAGAUAGUGGGCGUGACGAUCGCAGCUACGAGGCUGACCAGACCUCCUCGCGAGAUGACCGUGAGACCCGAGAGAGCCGUGACCGAGACCGGCGCUUCGACCGUGACCGACGAGACAUGCGUGAUGACCGUCAGCACCGCAGCAGCGAUGCCAAGGAUUUGCGGGACACCAGAGACCGCUCCGGCCGGGAGUCGAUGGAACACCGAGAGCGAGACCGGGACAGGGAGAGGGACCGGGACCGAGAGAGGGACAGAGAGAGGGAAAGGAACGAUGCUCACAGGAAGGAUGACUCAUCAAUGCAGGAAGAGAGAAGUUACGGAAGAGGGCAUGGCAGAGAAGAGGGGCGGAGCGAGAGCAGGGCGGAGAGCAGGAAUGACUCGCGUGCAGAGAGGAUGGGAAGAGGACGGGGGCGUGCGUCAGACACCUCCGAGAAAGGAUCAGCUCGUGGGUCUCGUACAUCGCAGGCAGACAGCGGCGGCCAUGAUGGAUGGGAGUCUCGUAGUAGUAGCCUAAGAGAAAGAAGCUCCGAGAGAAACUCGGAAAGGGGGACCGAACGUGAUCGCUAUGACGGCGACAGGCAGCGUGGAGAGCAGGCCCGAGAUUCGUCUUACGACCGGCGUGGAAGUCAGGCAGACCGAGAUCGCCGCGACCACAGGGACAGAGCAGAUCAGAGAGCGCCCUCGCCAGGUCGCCACCAAGGCCGCAGUGACGACACCGAGCGUGAGGAAAGAAGAGACGAGAGGAGGAGCGACCGAGGCGAGGACAGACGGGAGGACAGGGGCCGCGAGCGAGAGGGCCGUGAGCGAGACAGGGAAAGGGACAGGGAGAGAGAGAGGGAGCGUGAACGGGAGAAAGAGAGGGAGAGAGACGCCGAGAGGGAGCGGGAAAGGGCCAGGGAGAGGGAGAGAGAGCGGGAGCGAGAAAGGGAGAGGGAGGAAAGAGAGCGAGAACGGGAGAGGGAACGGGAGAGGGAGGAGCGUGAGAGGGAGCGAGAACGAGAGGAGCGGGAGAGGGAGAGAGAGCGGGAACGCGAGAGAGAAGAACGGGAGAGGGAACGGGAGAGGAAGGAGAGGGAACGGGAGAGGGAGCUCCGAGAGAGGGAGAGGCAGAGAGAAUGGGAGGAGAGAGAGAAGGGCAGGGAAGAGAGGCGGGAGAGGAGAGACGAGGCACGAGACGAACGCUCAGUCAGAGAUACUCAUGAAGAGCGAAAGAACACUGGGCGCAAGAGGCACCGUGUGGAGAACACUCCCAGCCCCCGGCCCUCUCCUAAAAAAGCGCGGGAAGGUAGUCCUGCAGACAGCGAUGGCUACAACAGCACGGAGGAAAAAGGUGAUAAACACAGGCUCCUGAGUCAGGUCGUCCGUCCUCAGGAGUCAAGCCGCUCCCCUCCCCGCAUAUCCACCGAUGACAAGCCCACCCGCUGGAGGGACAACGAGCGUCGCGGUGACAAGAAGGAUGCACGUGGUCGGCACGAAGAAGCAGAUCCUCGUAAUGAGCGAGCUGCAGGUCGAGGGAUGGAGCGCCGGGGAGAUCAUCCUUCUGAGAGUUCUCUGAACAUACCAGCAGCUGAGUCUCGAAGGGGUAAAGAGCAGAGAGAGGUCAUCACACCGCCUGCCCCUUCGGUUGGUGCACCUGAAGGACGAGAUUCUGCGUCAGCUGGCCAUGAGGAAGGCAAGAAAAAAACAAAGUCUCAGAAAAAGAACCUGAAGAAAAACAGGAAAGAGGAUGAGAGCACUUGCACCGGCGGUGACCGUUUUAACCCCGAGCCCCCACCGCUGCCUCUUUCCUCCUCGGUACCUUCUGAAGCUCCACGCCCACUUCUGUCAUCCCCUAAGAUGGCCAAGAAGAAAUCACUGGAGCGGAGGCGGAAGCGCUCCAGGGGCCCCGAGUCUGACCCAUCUGAGGAUGAGCAACCCAUCAGCAAGAGACGCCGUGGCCCUCAGACACCUCCGCCGAUCAACAAAGAGGACUUGCCUUCUCAGCGAGCGCUGAUCUCCGGCCAUCCCGUAGCAGCACCGCUCAAAAUGGACACUAACUUCAGCGACUGGUCUGACGAGGAGGUCCCAGAACGCAACGACGCUUCAUCUGAGCGAGCUCCAGAGCGGCUGCUGCCCCGCCGAAACCCACCUCUAGCCCCGCUGCUCCCUGACCCGCCCAUGGUGCUGCACGCACUCCCGUUGCAGCCGCUGCUCCCACAGCACAUGUUGCGCAAACCACAGCAGGCUGACCAAAGGCAGCAACGGAGUAGCAGCAUGGGAAGCAAUCCAAGUCGGGCAACAUCGCGCCGGCUCCGUUCACCCUCCAGUGACUCCGCCCACCGUACGGACGACAGCCAGCCAGGGCCACGAUCGCGCAGGGCACGUGGACAGGGCGCCAAUUCACGUGACCGUGACAGAGAGAGGGACAGGGAGAGAGAAAGGGAACGAGAGAGGGACAGGGUGGCAGCCGCUGAGCCGAUUGGAGGAAGGGAGGAACGGAAGUCGCGGAUUGACCAGUUGAGGAGAGGAGAGCCGAGUCGCAGUACUUCAUCAGACCGACAGGACUCGCGUAGUCACAGUUCUCGGCGCAGCUCUCCAGAGUCGGAGCGGCAAGGUCGCUCCCGCGCCGGCUCACACGACAGCCGUGAGCGGGACCGGGACCGUGAGCGGGACCAGUUCGAGCGCGACAGGAAGGACUAUCGGCAACCGCAGAACCAGCCACUAUCACAACAGCGUGAUUGGGAGCCGGAACCCCGUGAGUGGGGAGUUCGAGGUCGUGAGCCCCUCCUGCUCCGCCCUAACCGGGAGCCAAUCAGAGAGCGGGACUUGCGUGAGAUGCGCGAGCGGGAGAGACUGCUGCCCGAGGGAUUACUCUCACAUGAGCGUCUUGACCGCGAUAGAGAGUGGGACAGGGACCGAGACCGAGGGGAACGAGAGCGCAUGCUUCCCUUUGACCCCCUGCCGUUAGGGGAGCCCAAGAGCCGAGCAGAGAUGCGCAUGGAGCGAGGAGACUACGAGCCCCUGCUGCCUCGGGAAGCCCUGGUGGACAUGGACAAACCCAGCGCUAUAGAUGAACCACAUAUACAGAUAGAACCCUGUGAGACCGAGAAGAUAGACAGCCUUGAUGAGGAUGAAGGGAAGUGUGAGGACGUCCAGUCAGUAGUGUCCGCUGGGGAGGAAUACGAGCCUAUCAGCGAUGACGAGCUGGAUGAGAUCUUGGCUGACAGCCAGAAAAGAGACGAUCAGCAAGAGGAAGAGAAAAUUCCAGGACCCCUGGACGUGAUCGACGUGGACUGGUCCAGCCUGAUGCCCAAGCAGAAACAGGAAACCCGAGCACCGGGGGCUGCGCUGCUUAGAUUCACACCCGGAGCCAUGCUGCUGCGAGCGGGCGUCUCUCGUCGUCUGGCCGGUCCUCAGCUCCUCGCACGCGUUAAAGACGUCUGCGCUAAAGAGCUGGAGGAUGCCAAAGAUGCGGAGAAGCUGUUUGAGCACGACCUUGGUGCCCUGAACAUGGCCGCCCUUAACAGGAGGACCGAGAGAGCGAACCUGCUGAGAAACCUGGGGCCGUGUGGCAAGGCUCUCUGUGCACGUCGAGACAUCGCCAUCCGCAGACAACUUCUCAAAAACGACAAGGGGACGACUAAGCAGAUCUACACCAGCGCUCCAGUGGUGGACCAAGAACUGCUGCAGCUCAGCAUACGUCUCUUCAAGAAGAAAAUGGCUGCCGGGCAGGAGAAAGCUGACCCGGCUCCCGUGGCUAACACCCCAGCUGAGGUGUGUGUGUCUUAAACACCUCAUUGAGUACAGUACACGGAAACUGAUCACCUGGACUCGGCCGCAGCCUUGUGCUGUGCAACACUGAAACUGUUUAUAAGUCAGUGCUAACGGAGAAUCAGCGACGCAGGCUUGAGAGAUCAGCACCGUAGAGACUGGACUAACACUAGCCCACGAAGACGCUGUAUAAAGUACAACAGCCAAUGAACUUUCUGUUCUAAGCAUGACAGAGAACUGUUGAGAAGAACUGGCUCUCAUUCCAGCUAUUGUUUUAGAGAACCUGUUUUUCCUUUUUCAUGAUCAGUCGUUAAUUAAUUAUACCCGAGCUGCUUUGUGUUUUAUUUGAUGUACUACGUAUUGGAGUUGUGCAUUAAAGUGGUCUUGGUCA